AUGAACGCCAGCAACAACGGCAACCACCACAACCGCCGCCGCCGCCACCCCGAGGCCGAGCGCGAGCGCCGGCGCAGGCGCAACCUGCGUCGCCGUGAGAACCGUGAGAACCGCGCGCCUUUCCCUGCCCAUGAUGCCGGUCGUCGCGAAGAGGGUUUGAGUCCUAUGGGCCUCGACAACCGCGCUCCUGUCGCCCCUCCUAUCGCCCCUCCUAUCGCCCCUCCUAUCGCCCCUCCUCUCGCGCCUCCUCACGGCCCUGCAACCAUGCGCCAGGAUGAGGGCUGGGGCCAUGGCGGCUUUGGAAAUCCCGCUGCUGUCGCUCCAGACCUGCAUCACGGUCAGGGCUGGGGUCAAGGCGGUUUCGAGAACCGCGCACUUGCUGAGGCUCCCCCUGCUCCGCAUGACGAUCAGGUCGUAGCCUACUACGACCACUACAUCCGGGCCGAGGGCCAAGCGGACACCAUCCGCCCUCUCAUCGCCUUGGCGGUGCGGCAGAUGGGCCGCUCGACCUUGUUCACCAUCAGCGUCUGCCCGAUGCAGGCGGCCAACGGCCCGGCGUGGGGUGACGACCACGUCGUCAACUCGUCCGGCGACCACACCCUGGCGUCGAUGACGGUCGCCCUGGCCGUCCUCAAGUGGGGCAUUCGUGCCCAAAUCAAGAUGACGGCUCGCCGCCACCUGCCUUUUGUCCCGGAGCCGCCUCCUCGUCAACCGAUGGCCUACCCGGCAUAUGCUCCACCCGAGGGUCCUGGCGCGGCUCCUCCUCCUCCUCCUCCUCCUUAUGGAGAGGCGGGCCCGCCCCCUACGGCGGCUACCCGGCACCUCAUCCUCCUCCGGCCGGCCCCUACCAGCAGUAAGCGGUGGACCUGGAUUGGACAGCCCUUUGCGACGCUUGUGGCUUGUUCUUGGAAGCUACAUGUGUGUCGUGAGACCACUUAG